CUAUAGGGAUAAGAUAGCGAUAGGAAAUAGUUGUGGGCGGAUCACCAGUGGAUUGUAAUUGAGGUAGGAUGAUAAAGACAGGAAGUUCCGCUUAUUGUUUGUAACUGUGUCCGAGGUAUCGCAAUGACUGGAACCGCGUGGCUUGGCAUGUUUCCAUGAUGUGCAUGGUUGUUGAUCAGCAGGGCCCUGGUUGUUGCACAUACCUAAGGUCCUGACUGUACGGCACCCCCCCAUUCAAGGGUCGCCUGCGCCCUUUGGCGGCAGGCAGGGCAUGCAGGCAUUCUUCUACUAUCUAACACCUCUCUUCUUUGCUUUCAUCUUUCCUUCUGGCAAAACUCGCGAUGAUUGCGGGCUACUUUCUUUGCAGCCUCCUCCUGACGGCUGCCAGUGCGGCCAGUGUUUCUGAUCUAGUAGGGACCUGGACGACAAAGUCCCGUAAGGUUGUGACAGGUCCGGGAUUCUAUGAUCCAAUCAACGACAGAUUUCUGGAGCCAAACCUGACCGGCAUCUCAUACUCGUUCACCGCGGAUGGAUUCUAUGAAGAGGCUUACUACCGCGCAAUAGCCAAUCCCCAAGAUCCAGCUUGCCCAAGGGGUUUAAUGCAAUGGCAGCACGGUACAUACACUGCGCAGAGCGAUGGAUCCCUGGUGUUAACCCCAAUUGCGGUUGAUGGACGCCAGCUGGUUUCGGAUCCAUGCGCUACACCUUUGACGUCCUACACGAGAUAUAACCAGACAGAGGAGUUCAAGUCCUUUACUAUCUCGGUAGACCCAUAUCAUGAUAUCCCACGCCUGGACCUGUACGCUCAUGACGGAUCGCCUAUGCAUCCCAUGUACCUCGUGUACAGGCCACCACAAAUACUACCUACAGGAGUCCUGAACCCGAUCACUUCAAAGGUUAAGAAGCAAAAACGCCAAAUGAGCGGAGACACCAAGUCAUACUUCAGCUUGGAGGGCUUUGUGUCCACGGAGAAGGUCAUUGAUCCCGAUCGCUUGCUGUGGCUCGGUGUUAUUAUGACUGCCAUAGGUGGAAUCACCGUUUUCUGCUCGUAAACUACAAUAAUAUCGACAUGAUUCUUUUUCGGAUGGACGGUACAAUGGCAAGUUAAUCGGGACGGAAUCUGGAGUUUGAUUUGACUUACUAGGUAAUAAACAAGGGAUUCGGGUUGGGAUCAUGGACACAAAUCAUCAUAGGGAAUGGCGCUGAAGGACUUCUUUGUUGGAAUAUUACACGGCCACCGCGCAUAUGCAUGGAUC